AUGGAACAACCGAUUGAUACGAAUGUUCAAGCAAGUACAGAACGAGGAGAUCGUGAAAGCAGCAAUCGUUUGAAAACAGAAGAUUAUUUGAAAGUUAUUUCAAAUUUAACCAUUCCGCUAAUCAUUGGCGUUUUUACAAUUAUUGUUUCUAUUCAACAGCAAAAUGUUGCUCAAAGCCACCGUCAGAAGGAUGUUUUAGUGCGAGCGGAACGACGUGUCAACGACACAGAGGAAGCUCAAAUACAGCGUGAACAAGAUCGUGAAAUAGCACGGUUGUUACGUGAGGAUGACAAAAAUUUCUCUCGUAUCCAACGUGAAGAAGAUCAAAAUUUGUCGCGGAUUCGUCGCAACGAAGAUCGAGAACUGACACGUCUUCAACUAGAAGAUGAUAAACAAACGGCUUAUUUACAACGUGAAUUAGAUCUUCAAAUCGCUACAAAUAAACUAAAACAAGAGUAUGAAUUAGCCGAAAAGCAACGUAGUCUUUAUCGAGCUCAACGCGCUCAUGAAAUCGAAAUCGCGCAACAAAAUUAUUUGAGCAAUUUGAAACUAGAAGAUGAACGGUGGAAAGGAACGAUAUUAGUCAAAUACCAACGGGACUUAGCCAAACAAUUACUUUUCGUUGAUACGAAUGGUAAUAUUUCGCAUUUCAUACAUAUGGUCAUCUUGCAAAUGCGAACAAGAUCAGCAUUGCGACUUCUCGAUCCGAAACGUCGAACCAUCGUCGUUCAUACUCUCCAUCAAGGUGGACUGCUUGAUGUGCCUUGGAUAANAGCAGCUAUUUUGUUGAAUCUGAAUUUCACGGAGUUAAUCUUGAUGGAGUCGAUUUCGGUUACACCAACUUUCAACGAUGCCUAUUUUAUCAGGUGUCAAUGCGUAACUGUUCAAUGCUUGGCAUGCAGUUGCAAAACUCCUCCCUGUCGCACGUGGAUUUGA